AUGGAUCUUGAUCAAACACACUUUAAUUUUAACUUUCCGUUGGCAGAUCCUUUCUUUUACCAUAGUUCAAGUAUUGAUAUGCUCAUCGGAGCAGAUCUUUAUCCAGAUAUAGUUUUGGAAGGGGUGAAGAAAAAUGUUUUAAAUUCUUUGAUAGCACAAAAUACAGUUUUUGGUUGGGUGCUACUCGGUCCUUAUGGCGAUAUUCCCACCAUUUCAAAUUUUUCAACUUUUGUCUCGUAUAGUGACGAGCCUCCACCAAGUCACUGUAUUGAAAGAUUUUGGAAAAUCGAGGAAUUACCUCAGUUUUACCUACUUUCUCCAUCCGACCAAUAUUGUGAAGAUUUAUAUCGAAGUACAACUUUUCGCGAAGCAACUGGAAGAUAUAUUGUUAAAUUACCCUUUAAGAAUCCUACGGAGGAACCGCAGUUGGGCACUUCACGUUUCAAUGCAAUGAAACAAUAUCUUCGAAACGAAAAAAGUUUAAUGUCUAAGCCCACUGUUAAAACAGAAUACGACAGAGUCCUAUCUGAGUAUAUUGAAUUAGGUCAUAUGACAUCCACACCACCUUACGAGUUGUGGAACGAUGGUUGUGUUCAAUCUUUUUACAUGCCACACCAUGCUGUUUUAAAGCCCCAAAGCACCACUACAAAAUUGAGGGUCGCUUUUAACGCAUCUUGCUCAUCCUCCAAUGGCAACAGCCUAAACGAUCUUUUGUAUCCAGGUCCCGUUCUCCAAAGUGACAUUACGUUGCUCCUUCUUAACUGGCGUUUCUAUAGAUACGUUUUCAACGGUGAUAUUGAGAAAUUGUACCGCCAAAUUGGUAUUCAUCCUGACCAUGCACAAUAUCAACGCAUUUUAUUCCGUCCCAAUGGGGAUCAAAAGGUCGUCGAUUACAAUUUAAACACUGUCACCUUCGGAGUAAAUUGCGCUCCAUAUCUCGAAAUACGCACUCUUCAUCAAUUAUCAUCUGAUGUUGAAACCAGUUUUCCUUUGGCUUCAAAAAUCCUUAAAAAGGAGUUUUACGUGGACGAUGUCCUUUCUGGCGCUCACGAUAUUUUAUCAGCACGUAGAGCACAGACGAAACUUAUAACGGCUCUGCGAUCCGCCGGAUUCAAUUUAAGAAAGUGGGCAGCUAACGAUUCUGAAUUAUUAAAUCAUAUUCCCAGGGAAGAUCUUUUAAACAAAGAUUUCUUAACUAUCGAAGAUGACAGUUCAACCAAAACACUUGGUGUUCAAUGGAACGCCUCCACUGAUACUUUUUCCUUUUCAACCAACCCACAAAGUUUAUCCGUGGUUUCUACCACCAAACGCGAUGUAUUAUCGGCCAUCUCAAGAUUGUAUGAUCCUGCAGGCUGGCUUGCAUCCGUUGUUGUAACUGCGAAGAUAAUUAUGCAACAAAUUUGGAAAGAUGGAACUGAGUGGAAGCAAAAUCUUAAGCCUCUCACCCAUCAAAAAUGGAAAUCUUUUAUAUCCGAUUUCUCGGAAAUAGAAAAAAUCACUAUUCCUCGUUGGGUGGAUUUUUCCCCUUGGAAAAAAAUGCAGCUCCACGGUUUCUCGGAUGCCUCCGAAAAGGCUUAUGCGGCCACUGUUUAUGUUCGGGUCCGUCAUGAUUCUUCGUUAGUUACAUCUCAUUUAUUAUGGGCCAAAUCCAAAGUUGCGCCUGUUAACUAUCUAUCACGUAUGAUUCGAAUACUACUCAAUCAAUUUGAUUUUUUAAACAAUAUCUCUAUUCAUCUGUGGACUGAUUCCAAAAUAGUUCUUGCGUGGCUUAGCAAACCACCAAGUACUUGGAAAACGUUUGUUGCUAAUCGAACUUCAGAAAUUAUAGCUAACGUUCCUGAUGUUCAAUGGAGUCAUGUUCCCUCUGCUGAUAAUCCCGCCGAUUUGGCAAGUCGUGGUAUCUCCCCUGGAGAACUUAAAUCAAAUCAAUUAUGGUGGAUCGGACCUAAUUGGUUACAAGAACCAAAAUUUAACUGGCCCUCACUUCAGCAACAUGAUCCUCCGGAUGAAUCAGUCCUUGAACUCAAAUCAAUUUCGAAACACGUAAAUGUUGCACUGCAAAAAAUCGAAUUCGAAAACAAAAUUUUAAACAGAUUUUCUUCAUGGCAUAGAGCGCUCCGUGUAAUGAGCUAUGUAUUUCGUUUUCGUGAAGCAGCUCGUAAAGUUCCAAAUAGAACCGAAUAUCAUACGAUAUCCCUUUCUCAUGAAGAGAUCAAGUCUACAAAAACAAAAAUUAUCCAAUUAUCUCAAAAACAGUAUUUUGGAGGUGAAUAUUUUGCCCUAAUUCAAGGAACAAAAGUACACUCAAAAAGUAAAAUUUUAUCACUUAGCCCGUUUCUUGACUCCAACCAGGUAAUACGUUCUCAAGGAAGACUUGCAUGCUCAACUUUAUCAUACAAUGAAAAAUUUCCCAUAAUUGUUCCCUAUAAAUCUUAUUUGUCACAUCUCAUUUUAUCUUAUAUUCAUCAAUUAUCGCUACAUGGUGAAAUCCAAUUGAUGACCCGUUUGGUGCGCUCCGAGAAAGAUUAUAUUCGAAAGUGUUAA